AUGGCCUACCUUCAAUCGUAUGCUGCUCGGGCGAAAAACCACACCAACCCAGCCGCAAAGCAACUACUAGAUACGAUAGAACGCAAGAAGUCCAACCUCUGCGUCAGCGUCGAUGUCACAAAGUCGCUUGAUUUCCUCAUGGUCAUCGACACCGUCGGUCCCUACGUCUGUCUCAUCAAGACUCACGUCGACAUAAUCGAGGACUUUGACCCGUCGUUGAUCGACCGCCUCGUCGAGCUAAGCAAAAAGCACGACUUCCUCAUCUUCGAGGACCGCAAAUUUGCUGACAUCGGAAAUACCGUCGCACUGCAGUACUCUGCGGGAGUACACAAGAUCGCCUCCUGGUCCCAUAUCACGAAUGCACAUCCCGUCCCUGGGCCUUCGGUCGUGACGGGACUCGCAUCCGUGGGCAAGCCCCUCGGCCGCGGAUUGCUUCUCCUCGCCGAGAUGUCGACUGCCGGCACCCUCGCGCGCGGCGCCUACACCGAAAACGCCGUUCGCAUGGCGCGCAACCACCUCGAUUUUGUCGUCGGGUUCAUCGCCCAAAGGCGGAUGGACGGGGUCGCCCUCUCCGAUGGUGCCAGAGAGACGACACAAGAGGAUUUCCUGAUCUUGACCCCUGGUGUAGGGCUCGAUGUGAAGGGCGAUGGGAUGGGCCAGCAGUAUCGCACGCCGAGGGAGGUGGUGCUGGAGAGCGGAUGCGACGUGAUCAUAGUAGGGAGAGGCAUCUACGGGAAGCCCGGGAGUCUAGAUGUGUCAAAGGUGCAUGCUCAGGCUGAGAGGUAUAAGGAGGCAGGGUGGGCCGCGUAUCUCGAAAGGCUGCAGCAGAAAUAAAAGUGCCAAGGCACAUAAUUUAUGACAUUACAACUGUAUCAAAUACAAUCCAUCAGUGUGCUUGUACCGUCC